AUGGCUGAAACUGAAGAUUUGUCGCUCACCAUUCUCAGCCUAGCUGAACCGCUGCUCUCUGCCCAUGGUGGCGGCGAUGGCAUCACCAAGUCAUCGCUCGGUGCAGAGCUCGAGCACUACAAAGAUCUCUUUUCCAAGUUGCGCUUUUCAUAUGUUGAACAAGUCACCAAAGAGAACUUUCUCAAGGCCAUAGUCGCCAACCCGCCACAGCUGGUCGAUGCUGCUGAGAAUGCCCGGCUGGAACAAGAUCUGGCUCAAGCAAAAGCCGCUCUCAAGGCAAAGAAAGAAGAGACCAACCAGAAAGUUCGAGAACUGCAAGAGCUGGCAUCUCGUCUGGCACAAUCCCAUGACUUGAUCCAACUGCAAACCACUCAACUGCACGCUCUGCCUGCCGACAUCCAGAACCUCCAACUCACCAUCGCAAACCUCAAAGCCGCCCAAGAAGCCCCCUCGUCCUUGCCCAUGCUCAACCUUCCCCUCCAUUCCACAAACGCCCUCCUGUCAGAAAAGGAAUCAGAACUCGCCCGACUCGAUCGUGAGAUCGCUCAACUUCAAUCUGCCUUGCCCGACAAGAAACGCUGCGUCGCUGCCCUGAAGGCUGACCUGGAGCCCAUCGAGUCUCGUAAACGCUCCGCCAUUGCAGACGCUCAAGACGCUCAUAAGAAGCGAGGACAGCAUUCUCUUGCACAAGACCUUGACGAGAGGGGAAAGUGGCUGAAGUCGGCUGAUGCCGGUCUCCGUUUGAUGCUUCAGAUCUAA